AUGAGUUCACUUAAAGAAUGGUUUAAUGCGGCUGUUAUAGGGGAAGAAUUUAAUGAAAUCAAAUAUAAUGACUUGAAAGAGCUCGUUUUUAUUGACCGUGGAGGUUUCGGAGAAGUCUAUUCAGCAAAUUGUGUUUCUAUUAACAAUACUGUUGCAGUAAAAAAGGUCUUUCAAUCAUAUCUUGAGAAACAAGACGUAUUUGAUGCUUUUAUUAAAGAACUAAAAUUACAUAGGAAACUUGGUGAUAAUAACAGAAUAAUCAAUUUUCUUGGUAUCAGCAAAGACCCAAAUGAUGGAAGUCACUUAAUUGGAAGUGUGAAAACACCUCCGCAACCUACAAAUAUGGGACAUCAUUCGACAUUGAUUUUUGAUGAAAAUCUUGCGAUUCCAUUAACAUCGAAUAAAGAAACAUCUCCAGAUUAUGGUAAUUGCAAACGUUGUGAACAAAAAUUCACCGAUGUCGAAUGGUGCAAAAAUUGUGAAUGUGAAAGUUUUCGGAGAAAUUUUGACUAUUGGACGAGUGGCAAUAAACAGCUUAAUGAAUUAAUUAAGAAAUCACAACUUGAGGCAACUCACGUGUCUAAUUAUAUUGAAUGGAUAGAAAACGAUCAACUAGAAGAUAUGGAAAACAUUGUAAAAGGAAGAUUUUCCACAAUUAACACAGCAAUAUGGCGCAAUGGUCCCCGUGAAGUUUGGGAUGAAGAAACGGGUCAAUGGGAAAGAGCUUCUAAAACUAAAGUGGCCAUAAAGUAUUUAAAAGCGUCUGGUUCGGACUUUCAACCGUUUUUGAAUGAAGUUAAAUUACAUGUAUGUUGUGAUAAGGUUAUUCGAUGCUAUGGAAUCACAAAAGAUUAUCAAACUGGUGAAUACGGAUUAGUUCAAAAGUAUGCAAGUUAUGGCUGUUUACGUUCUUUUAUAAAUGAAAGAGGUCUCAUCGGAUGGUUGCAAAAAUUGAAGAUACUAGAAGGAAUUAUUCUGGGUCUGAAUCAGAUUCAUCUAAGAGCUGGCUAUUGCCAUCGGGAUCUACAUUCAGGAAACAUUCUAAUCGACCAGGAUGAAUUAAACCAAUUUGAUUCUGCUAAUAAAAAAGUCCAGGGAUUCAACAAAUUUCCACUUACUAUGAAUGACCAACUUUAUUACACAUCUAAAGCACUUUCAACUAAACUAAUUUCAAAAUUAAAGCAUCAAAGUAUUAAAUAUGAAUCUAUUGAGUAUAAGUUUGAUCAAAAUUAUCAUAUAGUAAAAGGUGAUAAUACUGAGCUUCAAAGUGAUAAAGAUGAUCCCAUUGCAAAAAACAAAGACCAUCCUACAGUAAUAAAUGGUGAUAUUGAUGAUAAUAACGGUUUUGUUGUAAUAGAGCAUAAAAGUGAUGAAGAUGAAGAUUUUAUUGUGGUAGAAGAUGAUUUUACCAAUUCGAGUAGUAGUUAUGCUAUUUAUUGA